AUCUAAAUAGACUGUAUAUCUUUAGAGCCGAAAAAAUUUUAUUUGGGAAAAGUGCCAGUAGUGUUUCGAUUGCUUUGUGAAAUUCUGUCCAAUUUUCCCGGAUAUUUGUUUUUUGAGUUAGCAUAUUUAAAAGCAUUACCUUUUUUAUGAACGUUCCUCAUUAAAGGAUAUGUUCGAAAAUGUCGGAAACAAUUGUAAAAGCUCAAAGAGGUUGCUGGAAGAUUGAUCAAAACGAAGAAGCGUGUUAUAUUGACGUUGAAGAAAACGAUGACGAAGAUUGCAAUCCAAACAAGGAGUAUUCACAAUGGUGUAUUUUACCCGACCUUCUAUUGGAAGAAAUAUUUUCCUACUUAUUAGUGAAGGAACGUUACUAUGCAAGCCUGGUUUGUCGUCAUUGGUAUAGAAUUUUUCAUAUGUCUCGCGUUUGGUCUAAUUUCGUUGUUGAUGAUCAAACCCUAACCCGCACCAAAUACAACUAUUAUUCAGGUUGGCAAUAUGUUCUUGACCACAUGCGGACGCAAAACUGCAUGCAACGUAUCGGGCGCCACAUUGGCGGCUUGGUUUUUCGACCACUUCACAGUUUUAAUAAUAUUUUUCAAUUUAUGACGAUGCUUUCUUGGAGCAUUGAGAAGAGGAAUGAACGUCCUGAACUGACGGGCGUUGGUUUAAAAAUACGAAGCUUAGUAUAUGAGUUCCCAUGCAACAUGUCUCAAACGGACGAUCCAGAGGGUAUUAAACUGUUUGGAACUGGAGGAGAACUUCUUAAAUGUUUGAAAAAUCUUAUGGCAAAACUGACAGAAUUACGAGUUCUCAAAUUAGUUGACUUCGUCUUGGAGCGAUACGAGGCCAACCAUCUUUUGGAUGAAGUUCUAGAUUCGUGCUUUUCACACAUGCGAGUUUUAAAUCUUGUUAAUGUAACAACCACUCACUGCCCAAUUAUGCAUGUCGGUCUCUUUGCAAAUCUAAAGGUAUUAAUAAUUUCUCCUCAAAAUAUCGAUGAUGAUGUAAUACUUCUGCUGGCAGACUCAAAACUUCAGCAUCUACAUAUUUAUCAAAAUAGGUAUACUCCAACAUCGGGGUCAAUCACUGCAUGCGGAGUUAAAGCUUGGCGAGCAGUUAAACGAGAUAAUCCUUCGUUGAAAGUACACCUUCGAGUAGAAUCAGCUUCAGAUGGAGAAAUUCUUCUUCAACCUGAAGCUCCAGUUUACAGUAUACUAUACAAUGCACCAAAAACAAAGAUAAAACCCGACUUACUGAUCCGGAUGGUCGAUCACUACAAAGGGACACUUACGAUUUACGGUCACGAACUUCUGCCAAAAUUUGUAAGUCCAAAAUCUUUUGAUAACCGAGUAGAUAGCUUGUUGCUGCUUCUUUGUCGCCAAUCAUAUAAUCUCACAACGUUGAUUAUUAGAGAAAAAAUAUCGACAUCGACAGUUUUGUUAAUAGCAAAAACAGCGAAAAAUCUUUCAAACUUGUUUAUUCGAAGAUUUGCAGUUAUUUUGCGAUGUGAUUGGCCAAGGAACCCAGAUUGGUCGGAUGAUUUUUACUAUUGGCUACGACGAUCAUCAAAAUCAUACGAUGCAGUAGAAAAGGAAGUUUCAAAUAUUUUAAGAAAAAGAUGGCAAUUUCUAAGUGACAGUGAUUUUAAGAAAAUAAACAUUGAUCCUAGAAGAACUUUAUGACGAAAUGUUUAAAUAGUUUGUUUUGUAUUAGUAUCUAC